CCGCGGUACGAACGUCGUUUAUUGCUCUAUUCGAGUUUCGCGCGGCACUCGACGUCACCGGCGAGAAAGCACGUCGGUCUUUACGCCGCGGCCAGUAGUAUUUAAGAGUUCACCCACCUCCGCGGCGCGCGCGAAUCAACACGCGAAGGCGAGAGAGCGCGUCGCGUGCGCUGCACCUUUUCAUUUUAAGACCCUCGUCCGUAAUAUUAAAGUCCUAAGCCGGUGGCGCGCGUCCCAGGUGUGGUGAGUGAAACGGAUUUUUGUGGCACGACCUUCCAACGCGAACGACAGACGCGCACACACCAGACAACCAAUCGGCCCGAUCCGGCGCAUCUUCCCUUUUUGCGAAUCUCCAUUUCUCGUGAAAUAUACUUAAUCGUCGGCCAGGCCGAGUGUAGUCUCGAGUAUGUAACGACGUGGGAUGAGAGGUCAAUGAGAGCCGUCGUUACUAGGAAUCGAGAUCAAAUAUGUUCUGGAUGAUCGAAUAACCGUUGGAUAAAGACAUUUGAAGAUGAAUUGGCCACUGGUGCUGAUUAGCUUUUUGCUGCCGCAUUCGUGCAUUCUCGGCGCAUCACGUGGCUGCACGUUCCCGGAGGAGUGGUAUGGCCGUUGGUUCCAGUCGGGGAAUACGGAGCUGGUGACCGUCAACGGCUCCGAAAUCACCAGCAAGGGCUUCUGCAUCGAGAAAAACGGCGACAAGUUUCUCGUUCACGACACGAAGUAUAAUUGCUAUCGGUGUAUCGUGAUGCAUGCGCAACAUACCAACGUGCUGCAAUAUAAAGAAACGUUUUGCACGCCCGGGGAAUCGAAUCUAUCGUCCAAAUGCAGCACGUUGACCAGCGACGCCACUCUGGUCUCUCUGUUUCGCAACAAUGCAGCCCAGCUGCCCUGUCCUAUUAGAGGCCCUAUGGAGUUCACGUAUAGCGUGAACGGCGGCGAGGGAGGGGAGUGCAAUACGCCGUUAUCACGGGCGGAAGCGUGCACGCAGGACUCGCGUCUCCUUCUGCGCUAUCAAGCGUGCGCCAACGUACAUUCGUCUGAAAGCGUAGACGUAGAAUUGGAGUGUCUGGCUCAUUGGAGGGAGGGCAGCACAAAUUACAUGGUCGCGCGUUUGCACAGCGAUCGUAACGAUCGUAAAACAAACGACGAGGAGAGCUACAGAUGCUUUAUUUACACAAAUCCAUCGAACAACACGUGGUAUCUCGGACAGAGCUCGGACGCCGCCUGUAACGGAUUGAUCAGCGUUACCGAGGCCGCCAGGACGUUCAAGAUGACGCAAAAAAACCCACCGCAGCACUGCACGUAUCCGUCCUGGGUGGUGACCGGUAAAUCGUGGGUGGCUUUGGAUCGAAUGGCUUCGCGACUGCUAGCGUCGCCUUACAAUCUCACGAUCCUCGAUCGAAACGAGACGCGUCUUGUUUGCCAUUCGGUAGUUCCGAUUGACGAACAUCGCCAUCAUCACUCCAUGCCAAUCGACAGGGACAAUCAGAAGCAGUUCGUCGCAAAGGUGACGCGAGAUUGCAAGAACGGAUACGUGUGCAUCAUGUUCCACAAGAGGGACGAGCACGUAAUAGAGAUGCAGCUGUCGGAAUGGGGCCAGCAGCCCGACGAUAUAUGCAACUCGAGCACGUUCAACUCGCACACGAUGCCGUACACGACGUUCAUCACUUCCGACCCGAUGACCCGACAGUGCCCCAAUCUCGGUCGCUACGAGAUUGUAUCGUUGGUUCGAUCGACGAAUGCCGACAGCGUCGAAAACGUAUUGGCCGUCGACGGCGAGCAGCACGUUGCUAACGCGGCCGAGAUGCACGACGUGAGAGUGCCAUCCACGCCAUUCCCAAGCCAGUGCCACCACGGAAGCGUACGUAGAUUGGAUAUCGGUUGCAGGACACCCGAUCGCAUGGAGUUCGCCACGUCUUGCAGCGACGAGGCGUUAUCCGAGUACUUGUGCCACGGAACUUGGGUCGAAAACGAUACCGCUUACUUGGUGGCCAGCACCGACGUCGGACGUUACUGCCUCGUUUACAGCGCGUCCGCCGCGACGACAGGAAGUCGUGAACUCUCGGUGACGGGUCAUCUCGCUUCCUGUCCCAGGGCCUCUCAUCGCCCUCAUCCAGUCUCGUGGCAGGUUAACCUCACGUCGUACGCUCAAUGUGGCGAUCUCUCGUCGGCGGCUACGUGGGCGCUCAGAGUGCCGGCGUCUCUUCUCUACACCGUCUUCUUCGGCGCGUUCCUCGCCAGAUACAUCGUAAGGUGAUGCCACUGAGCCGAGACGCGCCACGCAUCAGUGGCAGUAUAGUUAAAAGAACAGAGAGACUCUUAAUUAUACGAUAAUUACGUGGUGAUUAUAUAUAAACGUUUUUUCUUUGCGCGCGGAGACGGUGAGGUAAACUAAAUAAUCAAUCGUAGGUUAUAAGUGAUUUUACGCAAGCGCGUGAGGAUAGCGAUGAGCAAAACUGGAUCAGGUGAUUGCGAAAAUUUAAAAAAACAAAAAAACAAAAAAAAAACAAAAAAGCAGACAAGUCGGAAACGGGUAAGGUAUUAUACAUAUUACAUGUACGCCGGUCCCGCGAAUGUGGCAGCAAAAUGCGGAUGCGAGGAUUAUACGAAUGUAAAUAAAAAAAAAAAAAAAA